AAUAUGUACUUACUAAUUGGCCAGAUGCUAUAAUUCAACCAAGAAGACUAUCUCAGGAUAUGCUUGAAGGUUUAUUUGGAUCAAUUAGAGAAAUGGCUGGUGACUCUUCCACACAUACGGUUCAAUCCUACGGAUAUACAAUGAACAAGUUAACAAUUACAAUGCAAAUGAUAUCAGAAAUACAAAGCUUGAAUUAUGGUUUAGCUGAUGGUUCGGGCUGUGUGCUUGCUGAUUUAAAACGAAG